AGAGUUGAGAACUCUACACGAGGACAACCACAAGUCUGCUUCUUUUUCACAUGGAACAAAGGCAUUAGGAGCAAGCAAAUUGGCCCAUUUUCUAUGUCAGACCUAUCCGUUGCUUCUGUGCAGGACUCUACAUGGACUGGAUUAAGGAGGAAGGGUACCACUUUUCACGGGGCUCGGAGAAAGUGCAAAGAGCCAGGUCCGCUCUGGAUUGGAUCCAGGGUAAUUGGAUACCAAGACCAGGAAAUAUCAUUAGUCCUGGUCCUGGCAUAGGACACGAGGAGGGAGAGGAAGCUGAGUCAGGCUCUGGGUUUGAGAUGGUCUAUGGUGAUGCUGAGUGGACAGAGGGAGAAGCAAUGCUGAGUGCCAUCUGGCAAACAGAGGGACUGCAGACUGUGGGCAUCGUGGUGUUGGUGUUUGCUUCCAUCAAACUACUGCAUGUUAUGGGGUUCAUCAGUUUCUCAGAGGACAGCGUUGAAGAUGAGCUGGAGCUCACUACAGCCCGCCAUCGCCCAGAGGGAUUGGAACAGCUAGAGGCUCAGACUCAAUUCUCACGAAAGGAGCUACAGAUCCUCUAUCGCGGCUUCAAGAAUGAGUGCCCCAGUGGAGUGGUCAAUGAAGAUACAUUCAAAGACAUCUAUGCUCAAUUCUUCCCACAAGGAGAUGCUUCCACAUAUGCACAUUUCCUCUUCAGUGCUUUUGACACCCACCACAACGGCUCCGUCAGUUUUGAGGACUUUGUAUUGGGCCUCUCCAUCCUCUUGCGGGGAAGCAUCCAAGAGAAAUUGAAUUGGGCUUUCAACCUUUAUGACAUUAACAAAGAUGGCUAUAUCACAAAAGAGGAAAUGCUCGACAUCAUGAAGGCCAUUUAUGACAUGAUGGGCAAAUGCACACAUCCUGUUCUCAAAGAAGAGACCCCACGCCAGCACGUCGAGAUCUUCUUUCAGAAGAUGGACAAGAACGAAGAUGGUGUUGUUACGAUGGAUGAGUUCAUUGACAGCUGCCAAAAUGAUGAAAACAUCAUGAGAUCAAUGCACCUCUUCGACAACGUUCUCUAACUUUCAGCUGACUGUGGAGGCUAAUUUUCGAAUCCAAAUGUGUAUUGUGUGCUUUGCAGCUAGUGAAGUGUUUUCUGGACCACCUCGACAAGGGGUGCGGUGAUGUGAUGUGAACACACUGGAAUCACUCAUUAUAUAUGCCAUUUGGUCUCUCCAAAGAAAUAAAACGUUUUUUGAAAAGCUAAGUUUUGAAUGAUGGCUCUGCUUCUUUCUGCAGCUUCUUAGCUUGGCACUAAACACAUUCUUUCUUCAUUGGUUCUCUUUGUAGUUUCACUGCUCUUUUUGUGUGUGCGCAUGGUCAGAGCUGAGCGUCAAUUUCUUUCCUUUCUUUUCAUCCCUAUGCACAAGUACAAACUGAGUAAUAUAAUACUUUGAGUGGGAGUGUUCAUACACUCACAAUAAGCACAUUUCUCUGCAUGGCACGGCUGAUUCACAAGGGCCUGUGACCUGCACGCCUUGUUGCCUGUGGCCACUAGAGGGAGCAACAGAUGGCCUGAUUCCAGUGUGUUCGCAUGCAGAUUUAAGUGAUAGAUGGUGGUUGGUGGGUUCUAUUUAAAGAAAAGUAGAUUAGGAUUAAGAUUGCACUGCAUUGUUUUAUUUAGUGUCUAUUAGAUUAGCAUAGAACUCUUGCUGACAUUUACUUCAACUGACUCAACAGGACCAUGACCCUGACGGUUUGCUACCAAGGCACACACACUUGCCUCUGUUGUCUUGUCACUGUACUCAAGAUGCAGUUUCGGCUCAAUGUUAUUUAAGUCGAGAUGAAUCAUUUUCCUUCUGAAAACCAUGUUCUGAUUAUUUAUGGUAAUUGUGCAGAUUCUCAGUCCCACACCAUCCAUGAGGCAUGCAACACCCUCUUUGACUUCAGCCAUCACACACAAGUUUUCAGGUGCUCAGUUAAUCCCGAACAACUGGUACUCUCCUGAGGGUGUUAUGAACGUGGUGUAUUAAGCUGAUUCUUCCGUUAAUUGUAAAUUAUUUUCCUCAAAUUUUCUAGUGGUGGGGUUUCUGGGCAAAUCCACAGACGACUGAUGACAUCUGAUCGGUUUAUUUUUUACCUAAAAUAAAAAAGCAGUGUAAUAUUUAUAAAUGAUCAUAUGAUUUGACUUGUUUUAUGACAGGCACUUUGCAGCAGAACA